CUCUGGUCAGUUCCGUAUGUGAGUUUUUACACACUGAUAUGGCAUGCAAUUAAACAGCUCUGGACUUUUGGAUCUCCACGAUACUUCAUUUUUCAAUUCAUCUAAUUGGAUACUCUUGUGGUAGUAGGUUGAACCUUUGCGGCUGGAAUCGCGUUUUAGCGUUUCAGACAAUGGAUGCCACAUCAGCAGCUGGACUUCUGCAUCCCUACUGGCCACGGGACCUUUUGAUUCCCACGUAUGUGGCCAAUGACCGAUCCAUGUCAGAGAUUCUGGUGUUCCUGUUUUCUGUGUCUGGGCUCUUUCUGCUUGUGACCUGGCUGAUCACUGGUCAGAAAGGGAAAACUGGCAGGCUGGGGACAUGGAGGCGUCUGGCUGUGUGCUGGUUUGCUGUCUGUGGUUUCAUCCAUGGCGUAAUUGAGGGAUGGUUCUCAAUGUACUAUGAUAUUAUUCCAGGAGACCAGAGCUUCCUCUCACAGCUGUGGAAAGAGUACUCCAAAGGGGACAGUCGAUAUGUAACAGCGGAUAACUUCACUGUCUGCAUGGAGACUGUGACUGCAUGGUUAUGGGGACCUUUCAGCUUUUGGGCUGUGUUUGCCUUCCUAACCAACAAGCCCUACAGAUUUGUUCUUCAACUCAUUAUUUCACUAGGUCAGCUGUACGGAGUAGUGCUUUACUUCUACACAGAGCAUAGAGAUGGUUAUGCUCAUAGUGAGUUGGGACACCCAAUUUACUUCUGGUUCUACUUUGUGUUCAUGAACGUGCUAUGGACCAUCAUACCGCUGGUGCUCAUUGUGGAUGCCUGGAGACAGAUGUCCGCUGCACAGACACAGUCUGACAGCAAAAAGUCUAAGAGGAACUGACAACAUGGCUGUGGGUCGAAGAGAACAUUUCUACAGGAGGGACAAGACAAAAUACAACUGGGGAGAGCAUACACUUUCUGUUGUAAAAAUCACUACAUUCAAUGAUGGGACAAAAUAAAUGAUAAAUUGUUUGGAGUUGGAAAGAUCUAGAGCUGCAGCUAUCGAUUAUGUUCAUUAUCGACUAAUGUGCAGAUAAUUUUUUUAGAUUCAUUUUUUAAAAAAAAAUGUUGUCUAUAUUGUCAUCUGUCAACAACAGAACUUAAUUGGGUGCAAUGAAUGUUCCCUGUGUAUACAACAAUACACAUUUUUUUCCGGCUUUGUGGGACUUUUGGGAGUGGCAAAAUAAAUAUUCUGUUUAGUAGUAUCUUUAUUUUUGUUACAAGUUACACAUGUUGAUUUAUAAAUUGACAAAAUAUUGCUGAACAUUAAAGUCAUUUUAAGUGCUUCUUUAACCACCUUGGUAAUUUCUCUCUAUGUAUUUGUGUUCUGUUUCAAUGAAAAUAAACCAUUUACCUACAUUCGA